AUGCCAGGCCCUUUCUGCCCCAUAAAACGCCCCAAAGGAAACCAAGAGACCGACACAGAAAUCAAAUUAGAACCCCCUUCAUACACACUAAGUAACAUUCCGCCGUCUCCGCCACCAUACUCCACUGAUCCUCCCGAGACGAUCAAUUCUUCCAACUCAUUAUUUCACUACCUUCUUCCCAACGACUCUUUAGUAUCCAUAUCGUUCCAGUAUUCCAUUCCGUCCCAGAUAAUCCGCUCUUAUAACCGGCUAUAUUCAGACUCACUGCUCGCCGGGCGGAAUCAUAUCCUCAUCCCCAGAGCCUAUUAUAGUGGGCCGUCACUUUCACCUAGCCCGGUGCAAUCCGAAGAAGGGAAUGUGUUAAAGAGAUUCCAGAUUCGAACGAAGUGUGUGGAAUAUGAUAUCGCCAAAGUAUAUCUAGAUGAAAGCGCGUGGGACCUUGAAAAAGCGAUUGAAAAAUGGACUGCUGAUGAGCGGUGGGAAUCUUUGAACGGUGGGAUGAGCUCAAGGGUGAGAGCUGGGAAGGCAAGGCCGAGUAACACCGGGUCUCUGGGGCUGCGGAAGGGGUUUCUUCGGUAG